AUGAACAGAGCGAUUAUAACACUCCUUUUCAUUUGCGCAGCUUUAAGCCGCGAACUUCGUAACGGGUUCAAAAAUAUCACCAGGACAGCAACACGAACAAAUUGUAACGGGCUGGACAUAGGGUUCUACUGUGUUGACAAGAAUACGUACAAUUGGUGCUUUGGUCAAAGUGCUUACCGUUCCACGUCGUGCCCCGCUGGACUCGAGUGCAAGUGCGGGUUUACAACAAUGAACCCCUGUGCUUGGUCCUACCAGGACUUGGGAAAUAUGUGUGUUGGGAAACCAGGAGACUAUUUUGUGGACGAAGAACCUGAAAUCCCUUCGGAAGAACCUUCAAAAGAACCAGAAAGUUCAGGAAAUGAUGACUCUUUUUCAGAAAAUAUUCCAUCUGAAGAACCAGAGGGGAGCGACAGCUACAACCCUGAGUGGCCGGAUGUAGAGGAUGGUGUUUAUUCUAUGAAGCCAUCGGCUCACUUACCACUCGUUCUGAAAUUUGACAAAGACAACUGGCAAGAACAAAUCAAAGAAGUUGUUAAGGGAGAAAAUUACUACAAUGAAAAGCUUUAUACUCCAGUUGAUUCGAACUACGAAUGCGCCCUUCACCCACCAAAAAACCACGACAACAACCCAACACAAAUGUGGAUUGGAAGACCCUCGGAGACAGUCACGAUCUCCUACACUCCAGGUGUUGCAGUACGGUUGCCCGAUAAGUACUAUGGACUCUUUUUGGGGUAUGCAAUGGACGCUUAUGGGCUCAAUCCUGGAAUGCUUAUUGGUUUAGGCGCGAAGGAGUCCUUCAGUUUUACAAGAUUCGACGCCACGGACGACGGGUCUUACUUCAUCGUGGAAAAAGAAGACGAACAUUAUGAUUGUUAUUCAAAUUCACAACGAGGCCUUUGCAGAGACGGAAAUUUAGAUGGACCUUUCCAGGUUGAGACAGGGGGAAUGUCAACUGAUGUGGCUAUUUUGCCCAAUAGAUUUUAUGUGGGUGACAACAACACCUCAAAAGACAAGAGAAAGAUUUUGUACAUGUUCGAUAACGAGGUCCUGACCAGCGCUGGCUUUAGAGAGUAUCAUGACUAUUAUACUCUUAAUGUUGGACGGGCAUUUGUUUUGUCGUCACUUGACUUCCAUUUCAGGCACAAUCUUGUGAUGAAAAUGAAAAAAAUCGGGCUUGGUGAUGCAAUGAAGAAAAGAACAACAAGAGAAGCAAGGGACUCACUUGAGUUUGCAACAGCGAUGUACACGUAUAACAGAGGAGUCUUUGAUACACAACUCAUAGCGAUGUUGGGAAAUUGUGACGCCGAUAUGGAUCCGUGUCUCGACUGUAAACUUGACGGAUAUGGUGGCCAUACAACGGACAUCAGGACAGUGUGCAAAGUUGUCGACUCGGCACCCAACGAGGAGAUCUAUGACUACGAACUGAAGAAGGAAGACGUCGAUUAUUUCGUUGAUAUUUUGGAAACAACUUUCCCAUUUGACAACGUUGAUUGGGCGCAAGUACGAACAGAUGUCAAACAAGCAUACCAAUUCCUGAGCAGCAUGAGGAAAAAAGACACAAUAUCAUUCAGAUAUGACUGGAGGGCACUUUUGGCUGUGGUACGAAUGCAUUUACCAGCAAUAGAAUAUUUUGUUGGUGAACAAGUCAAAUCAUUCCAAAACUACUGGGGAAGUGACUUGAAUACAGAUCUUGGCCCAUACCAGAACGUUACUCAAUUCCCUUAUUCGUUCUGCUCGACAGCCGGUGGGAGAAAGAACUUAUGCAAAUGA